CCUGCCCUGCCUGCCCUGCCUGCCCUGCCCUUUUGUCGUUCUUCCCAGCUUUGAUCUUCUGCUCCUCUUCUUACCACCUCUUCCAUCCAUCCAUCCAUCUAUCCAUCCAUCCUGGAGAAACCCACCUCCUUGCGUUCCUCCUCAAUCGACGCGACAACCAUAUCGCCGCCUCUGCCCGUCUCAAUCCCCAUUGAAGCUUCUCGAAGGCUCCUGUCAACAAGCUGUCCGUAGCUUGAGCAAUUCCUGGGCGUGCAUCUCCCCUCCAGGUCUUGCAAAGAACCGGACUGCAACGACCCAGCCUGCCCUCUUGGUGCGCAUCUCGGACUCAACCUCACCUCGAAGCGCACUUCAGUCAACAAUUACUACCAUCAAUCAUUAUCAUCUUCAACAGCGUACGCGGUAUUACCCUGCCAAGCGCAUAUUUUGGAGCUGGUCGCAAACCUUGUUUUGAUCAAGAAAUCAGGAGAAUAGCCCAUCGCUAUUGACGACCAUCAUACAAUGUCGAUGUAUGCUCCUCAUCGCGGUCUGGGAGGACCAGCGCCGGGUGCACCUAGCGGCAAUACUCGUCUGAACGAAUUGCUGGAUAGCAUUCGUGGAGAGUUUGAGAGCCAAGCUCGUCAGGGACAGGAUGUGGAACAUGCAAUGGCUGCCCAGAUAAAUGAGCUGCACACCAUUAGAGAGAAGGUCUACGGAAUGGAACAGGCGCACAUCGCGCUGAAGGCAAAGUAAGACAAAAUUGAGCUACAUCGAGAUCAAUACUGACUAUGGCAGGUAUGAUGAGGAAAUUCAACGGCUUCACCGUGAACUCGAGGCCCGAGGAGGUAAUCCGCGCGCUCUUGGAGGCCCUCCCCAGAACUCGGCUCCAUCACAAGCACCUCCAGCCAUUGGCCACGGUCCAAGCAACCUCUUUGGAGGUAUAAUGGCAGGUCAAGGAGGACAAGGGGCUCCAGGUCUUGCACCACCACAGCAAACUGAACAACACGGUCCCCCUCAGCACCAGAUGCCUCAACCUCCACCAGGACCGCCAAGCAUUCAAGGCCCUCCCCCGCCACCACAGCAGGCCCCCUUCCAAGGUGGGUAUCCUGGAGUGGGCCCCAACGGUUACUCGCAGCCUCCUCAAGCUACAGCUUCACCUGGUCCAGGCAAAGGGAGACCGCUAAACCGUGGACCCGGAGGACCACCUACACCUCAAUCGAAUCAGCCAAUGCCAUAUCCAGACCCAAGAGCUGCUCAAUCGCCACAAGUUGGCCACCCAGUGCCAAAUCAGCACAACCAGUUCCGAGUAGGAAACGCUUUGGCUGAAUUGGAUCUAGAGCGCCUUCCAGCUCACCAGAAGAAGGUUGAGCCAGAUUGGUUUGCGAUUUUCAAUCCUGAGGUUCCUCGCGUAUUGGAUGUGGAUCUUCUCCAUACUCUUCAACACGAGAGUGUCGUAUGCUGUGUUAGAUUCAGUCACGACGGAAAGUACGUUGCAACUGGAUGCAACCGUUCCGCUCAAAUCUUCGACGUCGUGACUGGUCACAAGAUCUGCAUUCUCCAAGACGAGUCUGUAGACUCGGUUGGCGAUCUUUACAUCCGAAGUGUCUGCUUCAGUCCAGAUGGAAGGUAUCUUGCAACUGGUGCCGAAGACAAGUUGAUCAGAGUCUGGGACAUUGCUACCCGAACCAUUAAAAUCACCUUCGCCGGUCACGAGCAAGACAUUUACUCUUUGGACUUUGCUCGUGACGGCCGAACCAUUGCCUCCGGUAGUGGUGACCGAACCGUCCGUCUGUGGGAUAUUGAGGCCGGACAAAACGUCCUCACUCUCAGUAUCGAGGAUGGUGUCACAACUGUCGCGAUCUCUCCCGACACCAAAUAUGUCGCAGCUGGAUCGCUCGACAAGAGCGUUCGCGUUUGGGAUGCUACCACCGGUUACCUUGUCGAGCGUCUCGAGGGACCAGAUGGACACAAGGAUUCCGUCUACUCUGUUGCUUUCGCACCAAACGGAAAGGAUCUCGUUUCGGGCUCCUUGGAUAAGACCAUCAAGAUGUGGGAGCUCGUCGCACCACGCGGUCAACACCCAAGCAACGCGCCCAAGGGAGGACGUUGCAUUAAGACUUUCGAAGGUCACAAGGACUUUGUCCUCUCCGUCGCUCUUACUCCCGACGGAAACUGGGUUCUUUCGGGAUCCAAGGACCGUGGGGUACAAUUCUGGGACCCAAGAACCGGCAACACGCAGCUCAUGUUACAAGGCCACAAGAACUCUGUUAUCAGUGUGGCGCCAAGCCCAAGCGGUGGUAGCUUCGCUACCGGUUCCGGUGACAUGAGGGCGAGAAUCUGGAGCUAUAAGCCAUACAACCCAUAAUCGAAAGGAGAAGUAAAAGAUGUGGAAUUUUGAUUGAUCACCAAUGGCAACAUAUGGACUCGAUCAUGGCGAACGGACCGGCGUACUUGGUGGCUGCAACUAAUUGAUAUCGGCAUCCCUCUAUUGCGAUAUUGAUGGGAUGGAUGGAUGGCUGGGUGGGUAGGUUUUCUUAUUAUUUGCUUUUUGCCCGAUGUAUUUGAAGUCAUGGGUACUGUCUGUCGUUUUCUUCAAGAUAGUAUGGAUGGAUGAUGACGGAUGGAUGGAUGUCCGGGCUAGGCUCAACGAGACCGGCGGUUUGGCUGUGAGGAAUGGCGGGUUGAUACACAGUAGUAUAAAAGAAUAAAAAUAAGUUC